CCUCAGCGGCACCCAGAGAGCCUCAGCAGCAGCCAGCGAGCCUCAGCAGCAGCCAGCGGGCCUUAGCAGCAGCUAACCAGCCCGAGGAGCUGCUCGCACCGCGGGAAAGAAUCGCUUUGUCACUGUCCUAACAUGUCUAAAUAAACCAACAAACACCCCCACCUUCUUGGAUGAGGGUAUAACAGGAAUUUCAGACAUCUGUUUCAGGUCUCAUGGGCAGUGGCUGAGGGAGAUGGGGGUGUUUAGUCUGGAGAAAAGCAGAUUCAAAGGGGAUCUUAUUGCUCUCUUCAGACACCUGAACGGAGGCUGUAGAGAGGUGGGGAUCGGUUUCUUCUCCCAGGUAACAAGAAAUAGGAUGAGAGGAAAUGCUUACAUGUUGCACCACUGGAGGUUUAGAUGGGAUGUUAGGUAAACUUUCUUCACCGAAAGUGCUGUCAAGCCUUGGAACAGGCUGUCCCGGGAAGUGGCCAAGUCACCAUCCCUGGGUGUGUGCAAAAGACAUGUGAACAGGGCACUCAGGGACGUGGUUUUAGUGGUGGACUUGGCAGUGCAGGGAUAACUUUGUGUUCCUAGAGGGUUUUUCCCAACCUAAAUGAUUUGAUGAUUCAAAUACAUAGAAAAAGCAUACUAGUGACAGUGCUCCAGAGAUCAAACUUCUGGCAAUCUAGACUUUGCUUUGCUCCAGUCACUGGCAUUUCCUUUGGUUUGAAACGUAUUCCAAAAGCCUGUGUAGAUAAAUGCAUGGGAACUGAGAGUAAUGUUUUUUGAAGUAGCCUCUCCUCCAAGGAUGGAUAUCCUCGAGGGGAUUUAGUUUUGAGGAGUUUUUUCCAAAAGUAAAAUCAUAAAUAUGCCUCCACUGCAUCACUUAAAUCUUACAUGAACAUGAAAGAUAUUGUAUGAGUAUCUUGUUCAAUUUUGUAUCUGCUUAAAUGAAGAUUACCUACCUUUAACUUUUCUUAAACUAUUUAAUGACUUCUUUUACUACUAGUAGAAUCUGUGAAAGAGGUCCCAUAAUGGGUGAUCUUUGUCCUUUUCUUUAGUUAGUAGUACAGCAAAAUCACUCUUAUUAAGUCAGAGCAGUGCCUAAAUAUAGAGCAGUAGCAUAAAGCUGAAUAGAUAACAAGGGACUGUAGCUUUUUGUUAUUGGAUUUCUCUUUUUGUUUGGAUUCUAAUAAUGGUUUUCCCAUCAUAAUCAAACUUCUAUGUUUAUUGCUUAGAAAAGAGAUAAGGUAGACUCUUGUACGACAAAGCACUUUUUUUUUUCUUUUUCUAGGCCAAACUACUCACAAGCAGCAUUUUCUCACUUCAGUUUUCUUUUACCCCUUUGAAAAAAACAAAAAGGUGGUAGUGAUUUACCAUUAAUGAGAACUACUUUGCUGUAAGAUUCAUCUGCAUAUAAAGAUGCUGAUAUGCACAGGCAACAUACUUUCAAAACCCUUCUUCUCCUGUUAUAAACCCCCACCAGUGGAAGUCUCUCAAUGGGAGAUUAGACAUGAAUCUCACCCCAACUUCCAGUAGCUUCCUGACCUCCAGUUUCAUCUAACACUUCUAUUUUUCACUCAUCUGAGGAAAUAUUUAUGUAUAUGAAAAUACACUAGUUGAUUAUAACAGAACCUAUUGCAAAAUCACAUACAAAAAAGCCCCAAACCAACAAACAAAAAAAUCUACAAUCAAAUCAAAAUAAAACCAUUUAUUAUUAAUUUAUUUGCUUAGAUACUUCAUAGAGAAAUGUGCUUUCCUUCUGGAAAUAGAAAUUUGAAGGUACUUUCCAUUUAAACACAAGCAACCAGAUUCUUUCCCUGAAAAGAUGGUCUUUUUCUUUUGAGCUCCAUUACACUUGAAGACAUUUAUCACCCAUGAUCUUUAGUAGAUCAAUUAGAUAUCUUGAGCAAUGUUCAUACAACACAUUAGUCAAAUGGACAAGAUCUUGAACUUGUCAUGAAAUUAUGUCAGUGUGCAGAGAAAGAUCCAAUUAUGUGCAGCCUGUCUUGCGAAGGCAUUUUAAACCAUUUAGCAGAGGCAGCUUCAAACUUGCUGCCCAAGCACUUUGCAUCACUAUGGUUUGACUGAAAAGUGCCUCAGAGUAGAUCGAUAGCUGUCUGGAUACCAUAUGGUUGGCUUUCUGUAAAUUAUGUGGAUCACAGUCUGAACUGAGUCUUUUACAUCAUAUCUCUGAAGAAGACUGCACUGUGAAGCUGAAAUCUUCCCAUCAGUACUGAUCUGUCUACUGAGUUCAAAUAUUCUUUGUUUUGUCUAAUCUCUGAUGCAACAGUGAAUCCACUUCUCAUCUUUGCAUGACAUCCUCAGCUAAAUGUUUUAAUCAUGUACUAAUUGAAAAAACAUGUUAAAAAGUAUUAGAGGAAGAGCUUAUUUUUAGACUCUGUUAAGAGUUUAUAAGCAGAUAUUCCUGUGUUUCAUGUUUUUGAUUCCCCCUUUCUUCUGAGGUCCUGAACUUUUAAGAAUGCUAUACUUUGUAGGACCUAAUUCUGGUAAAUGCUAUGUCAGAAAGAUACACUGAGAAAGGCUGAGGAAAACAAGUUUAAACUUUGAAAGUGUUGCAGAAAACAGAAAGAAUGGGAUAACCUUAGGUAACAAUUUAAUGAAAAUACUUACUAUGAUGAUGUCUUGUUUCCUUCACAUUUUAUUAAUUGAGAGAUUGCAUUGCUUUAGAGUAUUUAAUAUCACUUCUGCUCUGAGUUAUAUUUGCUUAUGUUCCUAUUCAAGUCUUCAGCACCUUUCUUAUGCUGCUGAAAAUGGAAAAUCUUGCCUUGGUAGGAUGAAAACAGAAAGCACAAAACAACUUUCAAGAUAUAAAUUGUUGAUAGUGCCUGCUACAGAAAUUUUGGAAGAGUGAUGUGGGUUUUCUUUCUCUUAUGAACAGCACAGGGCAGAGAUAGUGGUACCUCCUGAUGCUUAUACCUCACAUACUGAGAAGCCCCAGCAGAACAUAAAUGGUAUGUGCAAUUUGUUUCAAAAAAGCAAGAAAACAGUAGAUGGCAACAUAAUAAUGGCAUUACUACUUCCCCACCAUUCCUCAGUUCCUAUAGACCUUUCUAUCUGCUUCUGCUGUACUAGACAAAGCCUGACAGCCUCCCUGCCUCCAGAGGGGCACACAGAGAAUGCCUUCAGAUGCACAGCCUUGCUUUGCAUGUCCAACUACCUUAAUAAAUAUUUUAGGAACGGUGAGUUUAUACUUGCUUAUUGCCUAUGGCAGCACUGAGAGUGAUGGUUCUAUAUUUAUAAAAAAAUAAAUAAAAAUAGCAAAUGAGCAAUAGAGAACUUGCAGGAGCAGAUAAAUCAAGGGUGGAGUAGGCAGAGCCACAUCAGAUGUCUUUGCAUCAGAUGUCUUUCAUCUCUUGUUAGUGGUCCCAGCCGCUUAUAGCGUGUCAAGUCAGGGAGGGAAUGAAGGGAACCUGAGUUCGUGGCACUUCAGACUUGGAUGUGUGUGCAGCUAGGACAGAUGAAAAAUCUGUGUACAGUAUAUUUCUUCUAUACACUUCAGAAUCUAAAGAGCAAGACUGUAUCAUGCAAAAAAUUUCCACAGAGCCUGGCUUGCUUGGAUCAGGUUUACAUCUUCAAAGUUGUACUUAGAAUUGUGAUGGCUAAAUUUGUCCUCAUUUAGCCACCUGUUUAAAAAUAAUGAUUUGCUAUAUAAAAAGAUUUUUUACCUUUUAUACAAGGGAUGUAAAGUACUUUACCAACAGUAAGACUUGGAUACAGAUCUAUCUACUCUUCUGCUUACUGUGUUUCUUCUCUGCCUCCUGCUCUCCUUUUCCAGCAGUUACAACUCAAAUUAACCCAGUGCCACAAACCUGGGUCUUGCUCUGGGACCUACCUGGUCAUGCAUGGCUGAUAAAUGUUCAGUGGGCAUCUGCUGAGUACAGUCUCCAAACAGGAGGGGGACAGUCAUCCUUUUGGAAGGAAAAAUGUGAAUUUCCUUACGCCAUGUCCCAUCUAUUCUUCAUCAUUUCACCAUGAUAAUUUUUACCUGAUCCAAAGGAUGUGGUUUCAUUAUUUCACAGGAAAUAUGCAGAGAAAGUUGCAGUUAGAAAACUCUACAUUCUGAUUAAGAAGGUUGCAUCAAGGAUGCUAAAAAUAGUAUAGUGGUUUUGACAUUAUUUUCUUCUAAGAAUAAUACAUCUCAAUGUCAAACCAGGGGAGAAAACCCUAUACUACCAAGAGUGAUCCCUUUCCAGGUCAUGAGCCCAACACUCCCCAAGAGCCAAAGUUAAUAUUUAUCUAUGCCCUGUGGCAGUAAUUUCGAAGGUGUUGAUCUUGGGGAUUAAUUACUGCUUUAAACAGGCAGUUAACAGUUUAAACAACAUUUUUAUUGGCAUACAGUAGUUAGAUGCCUAGUAGUGUGCUGAUGGGUUUAUGAUGACCAAAGUCAAUUAAGAGUUCAUCUUUGAGUUACAUGCUCUUGGAGGCAGUGGGUCGUUUGAGUACUGUGGGUUAAUAUAUGUGAGAUGUACAGUAAGUAUUGUACACAGAGAAAAAAAUGUUCAUUUAAAAAUAUUGUACUUCAAACCAUUCUGUGUUCUACUUAUAUAAUAUGAGCUGCAAUGAACAACUCAGGCUACUGGUGCUCCAGUGACCUGGUGCCUAAGCACACAUGUUCCUGGGGACACAGUCCAGGCUCUGGUCCUCAUUUUUCAGAGCUGGUUUUCCAAGGGAUACAACAGCAGAAGAAGUAUUGCUGGGGUGUCACAGGUCCUACACUGUACUGUGUUCACAGAAGUGGCUGAAAAACUGGCUGCAAAUCUCAUUAUACUUAUAAACAUGUUUGGAUUCAAUAUAAUUGCUACAACAUUUAUAUGAUGAGUGGCAUUAGAGGAAACCAAAGAUAUUUGUAAUUCCAUUAGCUCCAUUUUUAUGGCUAUAGUGAUUAGGCAUUUUGAGAUCUUUAGUGUGAGGCAGAAGCAUGGGACCUGUAUUCUGGCCAUGUGCUAUAGAUGCCAGUCUCAAACAGUGUGGCUCUGCCUGCUUUCUGCAGGGAACCACAAUGCUAGAGCAACCUGUGGAGUGAGCUUUACACCCAACAUUGGGUGUGUGUGUCAGAGCAGGUUGCACAAAAGGGUAGAAAAGACCUCUGAAGGGAAGGUAGCACUCCUUCCCGGUGCCUGCAGUGUGACAUGGGGAUGUCUGCACCAUGGGGCCAGUUAGAGAUAUGCAGUACAAUGCCUGUGCCUCAGUGCUAGGAAUACCCCAGUCCCCAUGGAUCCCUAUCUCUGUUUUCCAACUCUGUUCAAAAAUACUGCCCUUGACUUCUAUUAAUGUCUUGAGUCUAGCAAGCCAAUUAAUCAGAGCCAAUUUUUGCUAAAUGUUUCUCCCACAUAAAAUUAUGACAGCUUGCUGUCUAAGUAUAGGAUGAGUGCCUCCUGUAUUUCACCCAAGACGUGUGACACGUGGGUGCAGGGAGGCUAUUUAGUGCGGUGCAGCUGGCGUGCCUCGCUGCUGCGAUUCCACGGAAAGCUGCUCACAAACCAUAGCUAGCCUCUUGCCUCACUGCUAUUUAUUUGUGUUGUCUGGCUUCUUGUUUCCUAAUUAAAAAUGACAUGUACAGUUGGGAGGAAGUUGAUUGGACUCUUAAAAUAAUUUUGACCAGUUGAUUGAGGUUUCUACUUAGUUAAUGAUGAAUUUUGGUACUAUGGGGAUGCUGCCAGAAUGUCACACAGAAAGCCAAGUCUCUUGCCUCAUAUACACAUAUGGAAUGUGAAACCAGAAGCUGUUUGCAAAAAUAAAUAAUAGGUGUGGGGAGAAAAGUACACUAUAAAAUAUAAGAUAUAUUUUAUUUAUAAAUCACCUUCUUAAAUAAGAAAUGCUUGCAAUUCCUAAUUCCAAACUGUCUCUCUGUGCCUCUCCCUUUCCAUGGCUGCUCUGCUGUUUAUUUACCUCUUAUCCCUCAGAUUCCUGGUGGCUUAUUCCUGCCUUUUUCUCUGCUAUAUCUGUCACCCAGUGCCUAAACUCUUAGCUGCUGGGAAUAAGUGAAAAAAUAGACUGAAUGUAUGGAAGCUGCCAUGGUUUUAGGGACUGCAAUGACCUAGAUAGAUGGAAGUCCAAUAUGUCAGUGUUGCUAUCAAAGUAUUCCAUCAAUAUUUGACUUAAUUCCUGAAAAUUCAUGUAGUAAUAUGGACAUAUGAUCUAUUGAUCCUGUACAAGAAAGGACUGGACAUUCUAUUUCUUUUUCAGAGAAAACAGUAAGAUUUUAAGGAUUUAUUUUUUGCAAAUCCGAGCUUGUCAGAUCUGUGAUAGGUUGACAUAGCCAUGGUGAGCUUAUAUUUCUUAUAGUUUCAACUGAAAUGCAACUUUAUUUUGUCUUUCACCAGGUUUUAGAAGAACGUUGGCAAUGGUUUUGGGUUUGUUCCCUUUACUGCAUUUCAAGUGUUUCCUCUCAGCAGAAAAUUCUGUAGCUUUCAAGCUAGGUUGCCUAUGCUAUAAAUCUUGCUAUUGUCUGUGUCAAAAACACGGACUGGCCAUGUUCAUGUUCUGCACUCUGCUUCCUUUCAUACUAUUUAUCCUCUUCAGAACAAGUACCAGCGAGGUAUUUCUGGAUGCUGGAAAACUGGGCUGCUUUCAUUGGGUAAUAUUAUUACUAUUGGCCUCUCCUUCUCCUGUUAGAGUCAAACUCUGGCCAGAAAGUGAAGCUAAGUUGGAUGAACGCUGAAAGAGCACAUGGAGUUGAAUGUUGCCAUUCAUGAAAAAUAAGAAAUGAAUCCAAAAAGCUGCAAAAUUGAGAUUGCUCACUCUUGGGACUCAAUUUCUCAUUGAAAAUGAAAUACAUUUUGGAAACAUCAUUGAAUUUGUCACAUUCUCCUUUUAAAUAGACUUCUAAAACAACUGUUUUAAAGUUUGACUCAAACAAGUAUAACAAUUCAAACUCUUCAGCCUGUUUUCUCAGUUUAUGUCUAAAUCAAAAGAUAGGUAUUUCAUCAACAUAAUUAACUAUUAGCUUUUUGAAGGAUGAGUUUCAUUCUUUUGACUGAAUGCAGAAGAUGUGUUAUGAUUGUUCUAGGAAAGUGAUAAUACCAGACUUUUCACAGAAAUUUGUAAAAUGAAGACUUGGUGCAUUCCCUGCAACUUUUUUCCUUUGCCUUUUCGUGUAUAGAUUACAUCUCUUCCAGGCCAUUUUUUUUCUAGUCCCUUUGAUUUGCAGGCUUUUUAAAAAAAGUGUGUAGAAGUUAAUCAGAGCUCCACAAAAUCUCAAGAGAAUAAGCUGAUGUUCAUAACUUCUACCACAGCAUUAUAUCCAAUGAAAUUCUGUUCCUGUGGAUUAUUUUAUCUAUUCCUGUGGAUUAUUUUAUCUAAAUCUGUUCUAGGUAAAUUUUUAGGAAAAUCAGUCCUAAUCAGAAAAAUCUGUUUGGAGUAUAUUCUUUCUAAAUAUGCUUUAGCCAAAUGGUUAAAUUCUUGUAGGACUUAAAUACUGAAAACUGAUCUUGAUUUAUGUAAUUUUCUAUGUGUAGGAGAAUGCUUUACAUUUCAAUUUUAAAUAUAUCACAGAACAGCAAAGACUGAAUUUUGCAGUUGGUGGCUCAGGGUGUCAUUAAAGAUGACAUGGAGUCUGGCUGAUAUGUCUCAACCAGCAGAAGAAAUCAGAAUAUGAACUCAUGUUUUGCUUUGAAUAUACAAACGCAAAAAGACCAGAGUCUGAUUCCUGCCUCUCUCCAUAUCAGGCAGUAGAAGGAUUUAUACUUGGGGCUCACCACUGACCAUCCUUGUCAGUGGCAUCAUCUCCCUCUUUGCUGCAGUUGCUGAGGUGAAAGAUCUGAGCUGUAGAGAGGCCUGUAAGGAAAAGAUUUUCUGAUAGGACAGACAGAUUGAGCUAACAGGAGCAUCCUGCUCAGGAAGGAUGGAUAGACCUAUUUCUUCUAUGGAAUAUGUAAGAGAUUUUGCAACCAAUAUUUUGUCCUGUGUCUCUUAACAAUUAUAUAUCUAAUUCUCCUCAGAAACAAGGCUUUUAAAGCACCUAAAUCAGAAUAUUGAUUUCCAUUAGGGAAGAAGGCUGUAAUCUUAAGAAUUUGAGUUAAGACUACAAAGGAAAUAUGUUAAUUUGCUAGUCCAUAGAAUCAGAAGAAACCUCAGUGCCUUUUUUGUUAUUAAAAACUUUUACCAGUAUUUGGAAUAAUCUUUCUCAUUUACACUUCACUGGGGACUGCAACUAUUCCUUUCAUAGGCAAAGUCACACCGUUUUGGUCCCUGCUUUGUGACCUCAAGAACAGAUACACAUAUAGCAUUGCACUUGAGGCCAUAUGUUAAAUUGAGUCAGGAGCUGAAGGUAACACAUCAAUGGAUUGUUGUUUGUCCCAUGUAUUUUCCCUGGAGAGCAUUAAGACAGAGAGAUAAUUCACAGACUAAGUAAAUCAUUCAACCAAAAUAACACUGCUGAUAAAUAAUUUCCACCAAACUGCACUUUCAAUUAAUUUGCAACAGAAGGCACAUACAGAUGAUCUGGCUGAAAUGCCUGUAGGCAUACAAAACACCUUUCUUUUAAAACUAGGCAGUUUUUUGGUUGUGUCUAGGCUUUGUGGGGAAAGAUCACUGCUGGCCUUUUCAUCAGGUAUUUUGAUUAGAACACGUAUUUUUAUCCUUUUGAAACAGAAAUAUUAUACCCACUGUGUUCUAUUACUGUGUAAUGCAUAUUGUAUCCUCUUCAAUAGUGUUGGGGUUGGUCUUUGAAAGUAACUCAAGUAUCCAGAAAUUUUGAAAAUAAAGGACCAAACUUACCCUAAACAGAUACCAAGAGGACGCUUGUAACAUUUCCUCCUUCCCCAGGAAUGAGAGCAAAUUCAACAGAAGUAAUCCAUGUGCUUUGUCUCUACAUGCAUAUGCUCGAAGAUUGCUUAUGAAUAUAAGAAUAACUUGAUUUUCCCACAUCAUGAAAAUAAGUUUUUAAGAAACAUUUACCUCUCUCAUCUGCCAUCAUAUUGGAAAGAAUCCAAUAAACCUUCUGUAUGAGACAAAAUUCAGACAGGUUGUACAGCAUAAACCGUAGUUCAGAUAUUUCUGUAAACCCCAUCUCCUAAAAGCUGCUUUUUGCCACUCUGUUAAUGCUCACAGCUGUUUACUUGCUCUCAGGUGUGAAAUCAAAUACUGGGAGAGCUGACCUGGGCUGCAGCGUGACUGAGCACCCAUCACCGUGUUCCUUUGAAGGAAGAAUCUGGCAAGCAGCAUGAUGUGGGAUCAUGCCUUAACUAUGCUCAUGUGAGCUUCAGUCCUGAGGAGAAAUUUAUCUGAGAUGAUUACUUGCUUGUUCCCUGGAGAGCAAGGAAAGAAAGCAUGCAGGAUUGAUUACAUAGUGAGCUACAGUAUUUUGCAUAGCUACUAAGUAAACAAUGGAUUUGAGACUUUGCAUGAUCUGGGAAUGAAGCCUCCGGAUCCAUCCCUUCCCUGUUACACAGAAGGAAAAGUUAAAGGAAUACGAAACUAAUAAUUGUGAUGGAGGAAGUGGUCUUAGGAAAAUAAAGAACUUUUUAAACACAUCCCUACUCAGUUUCUGGUUGAGCAACUGUGCGAUCCUGGGCAAAUAAUUUAGAUUUUAUCUGUAGGAUAUAAUGUAAGAUCCUGCAGAAAUACCCACAGUGACUUUGACUGAACUGUGAGAACUAUUUUUUUCCUCGUCUCACUGAAAUUUUCAGCUCUUGCAAAGCUGGGACAUGUCGCAUAGACCACAUGGUACUGGAAUAAUAAACUGUACUUUAUCAAAUCAGGUCUUGAUGGCUGUUAUCCCUCAGGAAGAAGGGGACAGAAGGGGAAGGAGAAGCCACCUCAAGCCAGCAGGAAGGGGCCAUGUAACAGCAUCAAAUGAUUCUUGCUCUUGUAGGCUGUACUAGCCAGCGUCGGGGUCCAGAAGGCAGUGGGAGAAGAUUUAACCGGGUUCAGCACGGGCAGUGCACCUACACUUUCAUUCUGCCAGAACAGGACGGGAACUGUCGUGAAAGCACAACAGACCAGUACAACACAAAUGCUCUUCAGAGAGAUGCUCCUCACGUGGAACAGGAUUUCUCUUCCCAGAAACUGCAACAUCUGGAACAUGUGAUGGAAAAUUACACUCAGUGGCUGCAAAAACUUGAGAACUACAUUGUGGAAAACAUGAAAUCGGAGAUGGUGCAGCUGCAGCAGAAUGCUGUGCAGAACCACACUGCUACCAUGCUCGAGAUAGGGACCAGCCUCCUCAGCCAGACAGCAGAGCAGACAAGAAAACUCACGGAUGUUGAAACCCAGGUGCUAAAUCAAACAUCCAGACUUGAAAUUCAGCUACUGGAAAAUUCCCUGUCAACAUACAAGCUAGAAAAACAGCUGCUACAGCAGACACAUGAAAUCCUAAAAAUUCAUGAGAAAAAUAGUUUACUUGAGCACAGAAUUCUAGAGAUGGAAGAAAGGCACAAAGAGGAGCUGGCCACUUUGAAGGAGGAAAAAGAGAACCUACAAAGCUUAGUCACACGACAAAGCUACAUAAUCCAGGAGCUAGAGAAGCAGUUAAACAAGGCAACAAGCAAUAACAGUGUCCUGCAGAAACAGCAGCUUGAAUUGAUGGAUACAGUUCACACCCUGAUCACCCUCUGCUCCAAGGAAGGAGUUUUACUAAAGAAUGCAAAAAAGGAAGAAGAAAAGCCAUUCAGAGACUGUGCAGAUGUAUACCAGUCUGGUGUUAACAAAAGUGGGGUCUACACUAUUUAUAUUAACAAUGUGUCAGAUCCUAAAAAGGUCUUUUGUAAUAUGGAAAUUGCUGGAGGAGGAUGGACAGUUAUACAACACCGAGAAGAUGGAAGUCUGGAUUUUCAGAAAAGCUGGAAAGAAUACAAAAUGGGUUUUGGUAGCCCAUCAGGUGAACAUUGGCUGGGAAAUGAAUUUAUCUUUGCAAUAACAAGUCAGAGGCAAUAUUCUCUAAGAAUUGAAUUAAUGGACUGGGAAGGAAACCGGGCAUAUUCACAAUAUGACAGAUUUCACAUAGGAAAUGAAAAACAGAAUUACAGGCUUUAUUUAAAAGGUCACAGUGGAACUGCUGGAAAACAAAGUAGUCUGAUAUUGCAUGGUGCUGAAUUCAGUACAAAAGAUGCUGACAAUGACAACUGCAUGUGUAAAUGUGCUCUCAUGUUGACUGGAGGGUGGUGGUUUGAUGCUUGUGGCCCCUCCAACCUCAAUGGAAUGUUCUACACAGCUGGACAAAACCACGGGAAGCUCAAUGGCAUCAAAUGGCAUUACUUCAAAGGCCCCAGCUACUCCUUGCGCUCCACCACCAUGAUGAUUCGGCCUUUGGACUUCUGAAGGAAUUCCGCAGCAGAUCCCGGGGGAAGCCAGGCUGGCACCGCCCUCAGUAGCAGCACUGGCACAGUCUGAAGGUAAAAGGCGAAGGGCUUCUUGAAAGCAGCAUGUAGGGAUGAUGCAAAGUCACUUCGCUGGCGCUCCACAACCUGCAAACUCUUCCCAGCAGCCACCCCACAUUUUGAUAACUACCGGGAGCUUGGUUUAGAAGAAGGUGGCUGAAAUGAUUUUCCAAAGAACUGGAUUUGGCUAUUCUGCACAAACUUGGUGCUUGCCAGUGGAUGUUUUUUGGUUUUAUUUUUUCUUUUUCUUUUUUUUUUUUAAUUCAGCAGCAGGAUCAGAAUUUGAAGAACUGGAACAUGUCAACAAUGGUCUAUUGAGUAGAAUGUUAUUCAGCAGUGAAAUGCCAACAUUAUACCCAUGAAAAAGGAUUACAGAGAUACUUUUAUUAAAACUUGUCUUAAAGCAUCCAAGUUUGAACUCCAAAUAUUGUUUUCUUAAUGAACUGAAUUUGAAUAGCGGAUGGAUUUAUGUGAAUCCCAGAGUCAAAUUAUUUGUGCAAAUACAAUUUUUCAUAAAAUACUUUAAGGACAGGUUUCUAAUAAACUGAGUCAAACAUAUGAAUAAUGGUAAGGAUAACAAGCAUAAAUUCCUCAGUUGCUCUGUAGAGGUAAAUCAGGUAAUUGGCAUAAUCCCUGAGCUAGGAUUUAUAGUGUGAUAACAAAAGUAGCUGUGUUUUUAGGUUUUUACUUUCUUUCAUUAAAAGCAGUCUGAACGUCAUGUAGAAUAAUUAAUGGAAGGUUUAAAGAAUGUGAAAUAGUAUCCAAGAGAAAAUACGGGAUUUUGCAUAGAAUUUUUCCAUCAAAAAUGCAUAGGAAGGCAAACUGUUAGAGUAUUAAAAAAUUACAUAAAUGCAUAGCUUAAGGCAAUGGAUUAAUUUUGCAGUAUCCUUGCAUGUGCGCAAUUUAUCCUUAAUUAUUUUACUUUUUAUUACAUUUUUGUGGAUAUCAGAAGCAUGCCAGUUCUACACAGUGCUUAGGCUACAGCUAUAAAAAAUACUCACCAGAACUGUAUAAAAAAUAAAGAAUUGUGAACUUGUAAAUAUCAUAUAUUUCCUGCAACAGUCAUUUAUUUUGUACUGGCAGCCCUGAACCCAUGCAAAGGGUGAAAAGCCUCAAAAGGAUAUGAAUAUCAAAGAACUUCAGAUGACUGCUUACAGGUUGCUAACAAGUAAUUUUGUUCUAUUAAAAUGCUGCAGAAGUGUGGGACUAUUGGGAAAGAUAAAAGUCUUCUAAUAACAAGCAAUAAAGUAAUGGGUGGCCUAUGAGGGUGCAGAGACAACUCUUUCCAUUUACAGCCCUUUUAAUUAAAUAAUAUGAAUAAAGUCCAUUUGGGGAAGUAGUUCACAGUCAUUCUACUUCUACUAGAAAUGAAAUGAAAAAGUUUACCCUAUUCCCACUGAAAUCAAGAGUAAUACUCUCAUCAGUUAUAUAGGGACCAACAUGGCACAGGGAAUUUACAUGUGGUGAGGUCUUUGUUCAUCUCUUUGUUGCUUUGUUCUGUUUAUUAAACUGUUCCUGAGAUGAGGCACAACAAUUAUCUAAUUUUUUUUUAAAAGUAAUGACAACUCUUUUUUCCCUUUACUUUUUCACCUUUUUUUUUUCAUUUAGCAGUUUAUUUCUUUGGAAUAGUGAAAAAAUACUUGGACACUUUUAAACACCUCUUCCUAAAGAUCACAAGGUUAUACUACCAGUGAGGGCUAUUGCAGCCCCUAGGGGUUCUCUGAUUUUGUUACAAUUUGAUGUUUGUUUCAUUUUAAGUGGGAAGAAUUUUUUUUUGUGUAGUUGUAUAUAUUUAUAUAUAUAUAUUUGAAAUUAUCUUGACUAAGGGUUAAUUUGAAGUUUUCUGCUGAAUAAGUUACCAAACUACUCUUUACUUAGCACUUUCUUCACAGGCAUGUUUUGUCCCAGUUUCAGUGGGUUUUUCUAAUGGUCUUUAUUAAUGUGCAAAAUAUGCAGUCUAUCUUCCAACACAUUCUCAACAGAUAGCAUUUUGCAGGUCUCCAAGUUAAGAACGCCAUUUUUGCAGAUCCUAUUGCAAAAGGCAAAACACAUUUAAAAUUAAAAGCAUGAUAUUUACUGUUUAUUUAUCUGGGUUUGAAAAAAAAAAAGUGGAUUUGGUUUCCUAUCCUUUAUAAUAAAAUGUUUAAAAAAAUUGUGGAGUAUGUGACUUUGCUUUGCUCUAAGUAUAACUUUCUGUAACAGGCUGAUAACAUUUCAAAAGCCACUAUCUCUCCAUGUAAGAAAUAGUAAUAAGCUUAGACAGACUAUAAGAAAGGAGAAACUCUAAUUCAAGUUUAUCCAGUAAUUAUUAUUUGUAACUUUUCAUACCCCUACUCCAAUAUUUUUUAUUGAAUUUCCUUGACUAAAAUCAUGGGUAUCUAUUUCUUAUCUUUGGUUCAAAUCAUACAACUUUUCAAUCUUUAAAAUCAUACAACUGUAUCAAUCUUUAAAAUACAAGAUUUCUUUAAUUCAACAGACAAAGAUGCAAAUUGAAAUGUUAUGUCUUUCUUGCCUUAUGGUAUCCCCUUCUAUCAUCCGUUCAAUCAUGUGUGGCAGUGACAAAUCUCCGCUGAUGUCUUACCCAGAAAUUCCUUCUGAUCCAUUUGUAUGCCUUUUAACACUACAGUGAUCAGGUUUAGCAUCUCUUUGUAGUCAAUUUAUCCUCAUUUUCUCAGGAUUUUUUUCUUAAUUGACUUCUUAUGAUCUUUUCAAUAAACACAGCUUUUCAAAUCAGCACUAAAGGUGCAAGGAGCUAUAGACAUAAAAGCACAUUUUGCUCCUAAAGUUGGAUGAAUAUGUGCAGCAUAAAUUGAAGAGUUGCAAUUCCUAAAAAUGCUGGGUUUGGAGUUGAUUUAUAUUAAAAGCCUACUUGCCUUGAAAGAUAGUAAAAAACUAGCCAUUCUUCAGUGCUAAAAGUAACUUUACUAUUUACCCUUCACAGAUAAUUUCCUUAUUUAUAAAAUAAGAAUACAAAAAAGUUUUGACACACUGAUAGAUAUGUUUUCCAAAGCAUAUUGAUCCUUAAUUUUUAAUACCAUUUGAGGCUGGAAAUGUUAUUUAAAUGCAUGCUUUCCUAAGUACCCUAGCAUCCAGUACUGACCUAUUAAGUAGGUAAAUCAUCCACAUUUACAGUCAUUUGUACAACUGUGUCCCAAGAUAAAGUUCCUUUAAAAAUCCUUCCAGCUAUAAAAACAACUUUCUUCUCUGCAGACUUGAAGCUCAAACCACAGCUCUAACCAUGCCUCAAAUAAUCUCGUUUGGGAUUGGCACGGUUUCCCCUUCUCCUCUGGGAAGAACAAAACUGAAAUAGCAAUCACAACAAGAGCUUAAUUCUCUAGGUAGGAUCAAGCAUAAUUUACAACCAGACUGUGCUGCAGUUGUGCCAAAAAGCAUUCCUACCUACCAGCUUUUACAUGGGCUGGACAGCUCGAGGAGAGAGGCACUAACCCUGCAUACAGCUUGCUGCUGCUGUCUGACUCCCAGCUGUGGUGUGCACACAGACACACAGACACACAGACACACGCACACAAAUCCAUACAUCCAGAGAAAACUUGACAAAGGCAACCACAAUGAUCUUGCUUAAAUUUUAACUAAAGGAGCUGUAAUCUCAAGUAAAAAAAAAAAAUAAAUUAAAGAAGCCUUUGUCAAGGAGCAAGAGCAGGAAGGAGAAAGACAAGGGUAUGGUAAUGAGGAGAGGGAAAAGACAGACAUAGAGAAGAGUUGAAAGGAGGGGAUUACCUGUGAGACACAACAGCUUCAUAUUUACUGUGCCAUAACUAUCACACAUUGUGGGAGCUCCCUUGUCUUCUAGGAGGGUCCAGAUCCCCUCUCCCUGGCUCUUGCUCAUAUGAGUAGAAACCUACGGAUAUUAUUUCUUUUUACAUGCUCUGAGUGUUUUGUUUGUCUGUAUGUUUUUAUAAUCUUUGCACAGGGACCAAUUUUGUAUGGAUUUUUGAGAAGACAUGCUGCUUAUGGUUGUGUCAAGCUAGCUGUGUAGCAAGUCCUGUAAAAAUCAAAAAGUUUAUUUAGAAAAUAUUGCAUUCCGCUGUGUGACUUUUAAGUAGUGAUGCUGAAAUAGAACCUAUGCUCAUCCAAAAUCUUGUGAAAUUAGAGACUUUUUUCUUCCACUAGAUAAAAUUUCUAAUGCCCAGUGCAGUUUUCUGAGCCAGUGAGCUCAAUUAAAGGACAUUAAAGAAUGGAUAUAUACUGUAAAUAUGACCCCCAAAAGAUAUA